UUCUCUGUGUAGUCUUAUUAUGUCCACAAGCAUGUGGAAAAUUUCAACAAUGUCAAAGGACAAAAUCAUGAAAAUGCACAAAAUCUGGCUACCAGUAUUUUUUAAAAACCUCUAAAAUCAAGACAGUUAAUAAAGAACAACACUCUGAAAAACAUGGGAAUUCCAGACAGGAAACAAUCAGAGCAGCUAAUCACCUCCCAACAAAAGAUUCCCCUAGGCAGGAAGCAGCCAGGCUUUGAAGCUGCAAGGCCAUUCAGUGCUAAUCAAGGUGGUCAAUUGCAACAUUCACACUUGCUUCCAACAGGCAAGAGUUCUUUCUCCCUCCCUGGACAUUCCACGGAUAUAUAAACCUCCCUUGCUUAGUUUCCAAUAUAGGUAAAGUUUUCCCUUGACGUUAAGUCCAGUCAUGUCUGACUCUGGGGGUUAGUGCUCAUCUCAAUUUCUAAGCCGAAGAGCCGGCGUUGUCCAUAGAUACCUCCAAGGUCAUGUGGCCGGCAUGACUGCAUGGAGCGCCGUUUCCAAUAUACAUCACAUAUAUUUGAGGAUGUCUGCCAUAGAUUGGGGGGGGGGGUUGUGUGUGUGUGUGUGUGUCAGGAGCGACUUGAAGAACUGCAAGUUGCUUCUGAUGUGAGAGAAUUGGCCGUCUACAAGGACGUUGCCCAGGGGACGCCCGGAUGUUUGAGGUUUUUCCCUUUAUUGUGGGAGGCUUCUCUCAUGUCUCCGCAUGGAGCUGGAGCUGAUAGAGGGAGCUCAUCCGCGCUCUCUCCGGGUUGGAUUUGAACCGGCAACAUUCAGGUCAGCAACACAACCUUCAAGUCAUCAAUCCUGCUGUCACAAGGGCUUAACCCACUGCACCAAUGGGGUCUCCAACCUAGAUGUAGGUGAAACGUCCAGGAGAGAAUGCUUCUGGAAUAUGGCCAUACAGCCCAGAAAAUUUACAGCAACCCAACAUUCCUUUAAAUGGUCUGACCUAUGUCAGAUUCUCUCAUUCAUUUCUGAAUAUAAGCAGAUCUUGGGUGCAUGUCUCCUGUAAUUAAUGCAGUUUGAGACCACUUUAACGGCAAUGGCUCAGUGUUAUAGAAUCAUAGGAGUUGUCGUUUGGUAAACUCUUAGGCAGACUAAAGACCUAAAACUACAACUUUCAGAACUCCAUAGCAUUGAUCCAGGACAGUUAAAGUAAUCAGCUGUUUAUUUAAGUUCAAGUGCUGGAUUUAAUUUACACUAUAAGAGAAGUUGUAUUUAAAUUCAGGCCAACUUCCUCCUUACAGCUGGCAGGAAUCUGUUGUCUCCAAAACAAGGCUUGCUGCCAAUGGGAGGGAUGAGGGAGGAGUGCAAAGGAAUGAGUCAAACAAGUCCAGCUGGAAAGAGGAAAGCGAAAGUCGGUUUCAACUUCCUCAGAAGAAGGAAAAAUGGACACAAGCCUCCUUAUAGAACAGCUGAGCAAAGAAGCCUCAUGCUCCCUCUGCUUGCAGUAUUUCAAAGACCCGGUGGCUAUACAUUGUGGGCACAAUUUCUGCCAAGCCUGCCUGGCCCAGUGCUGGGGGGAACUGGGGGACAAUGUCUGCUGCCCUUUUUGUGGGGAAAGCAGCCUGCGAAGGAGCCCCACCGAAAACCAGCACCUGGCAAAAAUGGUAGAAAUAAUCAAAUGCUUGAAUCUGGAUGGGCAAGAAGAGGGCAGGGGGGUUUGUGAGAGCCACCUGGAGCUCCUGAAGAUCUUCUGCAAAGAGGACAAAGUCCCCAUCUGCCUAGUGUGCCAACUUACCAAAGAGCACCGGCAUCACACCACGAUCCCUAUAGAAGAGGCUGCUCAAGAGUACAAGGAAGAAUUUCAAAAGGAGUUGAAAAGUUGGAAGCAAAAGAGAGACAAAUUAAUCGCGUUGAAAGUAGCCGAAGAGAAAAGAAGCUGGAAAUCAUUAAAAAGAUUAGAAUGUGAAGGAAAGAAGAUAAUGUAUGAAUUUGAGCAGCUCCACCAGUUUCUAGAGGACCAAGAAGACCUCUUACUGGCCCGGCUAGAGCAGCUAGAGAAGGAUGUGAAAAUGGAAAGGAAUACCAUCAUUUCCAGGCUCUCGGAGGAGAUUUCCAGCCUUAGUGGCCUCAUAUAUGAGAUGGAAGAGAAGAACAGGCAGCCAGUGGAGGAAUUUCUCCAGGAUCUUAACAACAUCAACAGCAGACGUGAUAAGCAGAGACCCGAGCAUUCGGUGGAACGUUCUCCUGCUCUGGAAAUGAGAUUGAAAACCUUUUCUGAACAAAGCACGCAUUUAAAAAAGAUGCUCAAAGACUUCAAAGGUCUUCUCUCCACUGAGUUAGAAAGCACAUCUUUACUGAAAGAAAAGCUGAAAAUCCCAAAAGGCAGGACGCAGUUGUUCAAGCUGCCAUAUACUGAAGUGAAAAAAAGGGGCAGAAAAGUGAAAGUGACUCUGGACCCAGAUACUGCAAACCCCUUCCUCGUCCUGUCAGCCGAUCAGAAGAGCGUGAAACUGGGAGACAUCUGGCAGGACCUUCCUGACAACCCAGAAAGAUUUGACCCUUACCCCUGCAUUCUGGGCUGUGAGGGACUCGCAGCAGGAAGACAUUACUGGGAGGUGGAAGUGGGAAAUGGGAGGUACUGGGCUGUGGGUUUUGCCAAAGAGUCUGUGAAGAGGAAAGGGGAGAUUGUCCCUAGUCCCGAAGAGCAGAUCUGGGCUUUGCAACAGUGUGGGGACCACCUCGAGGCUCUUACCUGUCCUGUGACCAUCCUGUCCUCAUUCAGCAGCCUCAGAAGAGUUAGGAUUUUUCUGGACUAUGAAGAGGACCGGGUGGCAUUUUUCGAGGCCGAUUCAUCAACUUUGAUCUACGUUUUCUCUCCUGCUGCUUUCAGUCAAGAGCGACUCUUUCCAUGGCUCUGGGUCUGGCCAGGAACAGAGCUAAGACUUUACCAGCAAGAAAUUGAGAUCAGGCUGCAGAAGCUGAAGAGAGAAGCAAGUACUGUCCAAGGACUGAAGUUGGCACGAGAAAAAGAAAUGGCAGAGUGUUUGGAGGACCUCAAGGUCAGAAGAGAGAAGAUUGUGCUGGAGUACUGGCAGCUGCAUCAGUUUCUGGAGGAACAGGAGAGGCAUUUCUUGGCUCAGCUGGAUGAACUAGAAAAGGAGAUGCAAAAGGAGCAAGAGGAAGUGGUUAGCCAACUUGAUGGUACCUUUUCUCUUCUCAGCAGCAUUAUCAGUGACCUGGAGAAGGAUUGUCAGAGGCCUGAUGCUGAAUUUUUGCAGAAUCUCAAGGAAACCUACACCCGGGGUGAAAAAGCAAUACUGAAAACAGUGAAAAGCCCUCCUAAUAUGAAACAAGCCAUCAACACAAUAUCUCAAAAGAGCAUUGCUUUAAGAGAAAACAUCAGGAAAUUUAAAGAAUCAUUGGCAGUUGAACUCAAGAGGGAGAGGACAUCUUGCCAGAAUGAUUUGCCAGAGGAACAGCCAGAUCACCUACAAGUUUUGCGGACAUGUGAAGAUGCACAAAAAACUAGCACAGAAGAAAGCGUGACUCUGGAUCCCCAUACGGCUAACACCAGGCUCCUUCUUUCUCCGGACGGGAAGACAGCAAGGCACUGGGGUUACCCACAGGCUCUGCCGAACAACCCAGAGAGAUUUGAUUUAGAGCCCUUUGUGCUGGGCUGUGUGGGCUUCUACACAGGAAGACACUCUUGGACAGUGGCCAUUGAACACGGGCAAAGCUGGGCAGUCGGUGUUGCCAGAGCGUCUGUGAAGAGGAAAGGGCCCCUCUGCCUCAGCCCCGAACAAGGCGUCUGGGCGGUGGAGCAGUGCUGGGGCCAAUUCCGAGCGCUCACCUCCCAAUGGACCCCGCUCCCUCUGGCCAAGGUCCCCAGGAUGAUACAGGUGUGUCUAGACUGUGAAGGAGGCUGGGUGACGUUUUCCAAUGCAGAUCUGGAUGCCCCCAUUUUCAGGUUCUCACACAUCUCUUUCAAGCAAGAGAGACUCUAUCCUUGGUUCUGGGUAGGUCCAGAGUGCCAGCUCAGCCUGUACCUUUAAGGGGACUUCUGCAGGAGAAGCCCCUGCGAAUGUGUUAAGGCAGGCAUGGGCAAACUUUGGCCCUCCAGGUGUUUUGGACUUCAACUCCCACCAUUCCUAACGGCCUCAGACCCCUAGGGGCCUGAGGCCGUUAGGAAUGGUGGGAGUUGAAGUCCAAAACACCUGGAGGGCCAAAGUUUGCCCAUGCCUGCCUUAAGAUGUCUAUAUUUGGGGACAUUCCAGGUGCUUAGACUACAGACCCCACAGUCUCCUAUGGUUGGUUGUGCUGCCUUGGGCUGACAGAUGUCCAUAACACCUUGAGGGGACAAUGUUCCCAUGCCUACUCUACCUUUUUGUACAAACUUUAAAACUACUGGCUGUGUUGGGAGUUCAACUCUGGUUGAAACUGUUCUCUUUGUUUUGAGCCAUGUUCCUUUCCUUGGACUACUUUCCAUCUCUUUCUUACACUUUAAAGUUGGUAUUUUCAUUGGUAUAUAUUCACCUCCAAUCACCUGAAGAAUGGCUGUUUCACUUGUACACAAUGGCCUUCAAAUUUUCCAACUAAGGAAACUAAAAUAGAGUAAUUUGCAUGCCUUUUUACAUACCUUGAUGUGAUGUCUCUAAUAAAAGUUCUGUUUGUAUUAUA